AGUUCACGGAAACACACAUCUGCCGUAUUCUGUACUUCCUUCAAGCGGAACUAUUCUCUUAAUACUAUAUCCCCCCCCCUCCAGCAGAAGACAGAAGACACAUCUGUACAACUAGUUUCCCUGCUCAAAGACUUACUAAGUGGGAAAAACAAGUUCCAUUUGCCGAGGGACCCCAAAUUAUGGAAGUGGAGAGAUACAUAGUCGUCUGUUUCUUUGACAAACUCGGAUGUUCUUCGUGAGUCGUUGCCACUUCUUCGUUGCGAAACUCCAUCGGCUCUCUUUCUCCCAUUGUUCACAGGCUCAGCAAAUGGUGUCUGGGAUAUAGAACUGAGUGCUGAGCGUGAAAGCAACAUACAAGUCAGGUUCAAUUUUACAUAAAUGAGCAAGGUUGACGACUCUCGUCCAAAUACACGGUCAAGAGGUCCUGCAGGCUCUUCUCAAGAAACCAUUUGCUGCCCUACUAGAGGUUGUGAUGGGUCUGGUCACAUCAAUGGGAAGUUUACCAAACACAGAACGGUGGCCGGGUGUCCCGUGGCGGCCAAAAAAAGGAAGUUGCUGGACACCUCGGGCCCCGAAUAUUCGGUGGCGAAGACCAGGAGGUCGGAGCAAAAAAGAACAACCCCCGCCGAACCUUCCAAAAUCAAUCAAGAAACAGAGAAAAGGACAUCAAACGGCCACAACCAGUCAGGAUCCAAAGUGACCGCAGGAACACGGAAGGGAAGCCAAGAGUCCACCGCCAAGGCAUCCGUCCUCAACGGGGGAUUGAUAAACAAGGCCAAAGAUAGCCCUUCGGACACGCCAAAAGCAGAAAGGAAUCACAGGAAAGCGGCGGACAAUAAAAGUUCUGGAAACAAUACUCCAAAGGAAAAUUCGGAGAAACGCUCCCGAAAAGGCCAAGAGACGGUGCCCGCUUCACGAUCCAUGGGUUCCCCGGUGGUGAACUCCAGAAAAACGCAGAAUUCCAUCGCCAAGACAGAUGAAGACAGCAGGUGCUCGCCAAAACUCAAAGACAGCAGUCCGAAUAACUCAAACCGUAAAAAUGCAAGCUCACCACUAGGGAAAUCGAAAGAGAACGAUACAAAGAACUUCCAAAAGAAGUCGAACGUUGUGCAAAAUGAGAAGCGGCAAAAAUGUGGUGCUAACAGCAGUAGCUCAGCUCUCUCUAUUCCUAAGGGUAUCAAGUAUGAAAUGGAAGAUGCCGAGAGUGAUUCGAGCGAGAAUCUUGAAUCUAAAUCGGACGUAAUGCCGAAAAAUGGUGAAAAUAAAGUCAGAUCAGAUUCUUCUCCUUCCAAACCUAAAAGUGACGAUAACUUAAGCGCACAAAAGAAAAAUAAAACAAAGUCGGAAAGUGAAGGAGAACCAGUUUCUAAGAACAUAAAAGAAGAGACAAUCGCGAAUGAGGAUGAAAAACGACCACCCACAGCCACUUCUAGUCCGCCAAGUGACGCCAAACAACCAAAAGAACCCAAAACCGAAUCGUUGCCACAAAAUGUAACAAAAAAGAAAGAAAUCUCAUUUAAAAGUGACACUUCGCCGAAAGAAUGCGAAAAGAAACCAUCUUUUGAUAAUAAAACAAGCAUACUGAAUAGUGGAGAAUCGUGUAAGAGCGUAUGUCAAGAUUCUCAAAAUUGUGAAAAAGAGAAACAGAUUGUGAAUAAUAUUCCACAAGAACCAGCAUUAUCAAGGAUAGAAUAUAAAAAAGAAAAUACAACAGUAAUUCAUUCCGAACCAAUUCAAAUCAUACCCCAAAGUACAUUUUCUGGGAUAUCUGUAAGCAGUACAACAUGCUAUACUACUGUCUCGCAAAGAGAAAACUUCCAAUUUAAGCAGCUAGGAAAUGAUUUAUGUACGCAGCAAAACAAUGUUAGAAAUAAUCAGAAUGUGACGAACUUUACUGAAGCAAGAUUAAAUAGCAAUCAAACAUUCAUUCACAGCAAACUACCGCCUGGUAAUCCGACUAUUUUCCAUACCACUGAAGUGUUGGCCACUAAAUUACCAGAGCAGAAAGUAUUCGUUCCAGCAAAUAUUCAACCAAACAACAGUCUGUUGCUGAAUCGAACAGGUAACCUGAAACAAACAAAUAAAAAGCAACCAAUUCCAAGAUAUUUCUCAAUGUCGAAACAAGUCAAUUUUCCAAACAAUCAAAUAUGCAAUCGCGAUGAAAGCUUUCAGGUCAACAACUUCAGUAUCCAAAAUUAUGACAGUACUAAGUUUAGUGCAUAUCGUCUGAGCCAAAUAAAUACUCCAACUUCAGAGUACAAACCUAUCUGCAGCCAGUUUACAGUACAUAAAGUUAAGACAGGACAGUUUAAUAAUAUAGAUUUCAAUUUCAAUGACGAUGCCAAACGCGUUCAAGAUGCGCAAGAAGCUUUAAGAAAUUUGGCGUCAGGUUUCCCCAAAGAUCAUUCCGUCAUAGAAAAUUCUACAGAGAAGUCCGUAGUUGUUAGUCGAUGCGAAAAUACUACUCCUGAAAGUAAAGCGCCGCACUGUUUGCCAAAAGAUCAAGGAAAUUUAUACACUAGACCAUUUCAACCUCAGCCUAUCAAGUUUGAAACUAAAAGCGAUGCCAAACCUUUCAACUUGAACUACAACACGUCUCAGCAACAAACAACUAACUUUAACAACGUCAAGUAUAUAACAGAAAACAAAGAUAAUGGUCCUUCCAAGGAAGAAUCGAAACCUACGAAAGAAUAUGAUAUGGAGAACCUUUUGAAGAUUGAAGCUGAAUGCGCCAAUAUUCUAGCCGCCUCUUUCGGAACUCAACCUCUGACGCAGGAAGUGAUCUGCUAUCGAAGACCGUGCUCGCCGGAGGAAGAGGACAAGUACAAUUCCGCAGAUUCCUCACCCUCGCCGGCUUCCUCCCCUUCCAGAUCCUCAGCUUCCCGCUCCCCCUCUCCUCUUUCCUCUCCUGCAUCCUCCCCUCCCCCCAGCGGUAGUCAAGGGGGGAAGCCGACGGCCGUGGACGUAGCAGUGGGGGACUCCUUUCCCCCCCAGCAAGAGGAGGAGGAGGAAGAGCUGCUAUUGGUCGAGGGAGUGAGAGAAGUUUCCACAACUUCCACCAACACUGACUUCACCUCGUCCGAAAGCACGCAGGUGUCGGCCAUGUCACCCUCCGCGACGCACGCCACCAGUAGCACGCCUCGUCGUUUCAGUAUGUUGGAGGAUCGACCCCUGACGUAUGAAGACCACCUACUGCCUCUACCGGACGAUGACAACCCUUUGGUGAUAGACGAAGGAGGUGAUGAAGCCACUAAAGAUUCAGAAUCUCACCUAGGGCCCACGAGUUCUCAAGAAGACAACACCUGCUCCUCUUUGAUGAUGAAUGCGGGUUGCAUAGAAGCAAUGGGCGACGACAUUUCCAUGGGCAGCCAUUCAGAUGGCUCCUUAAAAGAUAGCAAAUGUCCAACUCCUGGUUGCAAUGGAAUUGGUCAUUCAACUGGCCUCUACUCGCAUCAUAGGAGCUUAUCUGGCUGUCCAAGGAAAGAUAAAAUUACUCCAGAAAUUCUUGCUAUGCACGAGACAAUAUUAAAGUGCCCAACUCCAGGUUGCACAGGAAAAGGCCAUGUAAAUAGCAGCAGAAAUUCUCACAGAAGUCUCUCAGGAUGUCCCAUCGCAGCUAUGGAAAAAAUGGUGAACAAAGAACACAAGCUGUCACAUAAAUCGGCAUCAACAACAACUACCACACAAUGCCAGUCUUCUGUGUCCACCGAACGUGUUCUGAGACCUAUGUGCUACGUAAAACAACUGGAAUUGCAAGACUACAAGUUCCCAAGUUUCGUCAAUACUCAAACACCCCGCACAAAUUUGACGAAAGAGUUGGAGAAAUACAGUAAGCCGCAAGCAGAAUUUUCCUUCGAUGUAUACCGCCCUAUUGCACCUAAGCCCAAAAUCACCCCAAAGACGGAGCAGGAAGUAGAUCAACCCCAGAGGCCCACGCCCAUUGUUGUCAAACCCAAGCCCCAGCCAGGAACUGCCUUCAAGCAGUUCUCCCUGGAGCCAGCUUCAGCCAUCAACCUCUCCACCAAGAGCAAUGGCGACAACGUAAUGGACCUGUCCUCAUCUAGUUCUCGAACCCUCCAUACUCUUGAUUUGAGUGCCAACACACGAUGCCCUACAGGCAUAUGCGCCAGUCCUCUUUCAGGAAGCACUACUAUUCUUCACCCAACGCCACAACGUCCGACAGUUCUCGUCACACCCAAACCCAUCUUUGGAGCAGCUACACCCAUUGAACAGACCGAACCUGUCGACUUCUCCACUGGAACUGCAGCAACGGGACCACCUCGAGUGGGGGUCAUUGCCGGAUCCCUAACCCCUCUGACAGUACAGCCCAUCCCUGCAGAUCCUCUGCCAAUGUCACCACCUCCAGCGAUCGUGCCCCAUCCCUCACCCAUCAGAUCACCCUUCUCCCAGAUCCAGAGCCCAAUUACUUUGCAAGCAUCUCUACCUUCUCAGCAUCCCUCCUCACUCUCGGCCUCCCUUCCAUCUACACUUUCAGCAUCUCUACCCCCCACUUCGGGACAUCCAGUCACAGUGUCCUUAGCUGGCGGACAUCACACCCUGGCAAUACCAGCCCAACCGCAACAGAUCUGUCCAGGAAGGAUGAUGGUAUCCAGUACGAACCAAGUACAAAAUGCACCAUCGACUAUACAGGUGUUGUCUUCCACUCCGACCGUCAGUCUACCCUUGUCCUCCGUGAGCUUGCCCUCUACAUCUCCGUCUUCUUUCACAAUCGCUUCUCUGUCCACUUCGCAUGUCCCUUCCAUCCUGGCGUCCUUGGCUCAGACUCUGGUGGUCACGGCGCAUCCACAGCCGCCUUCCCUACCACUCAUCAGAGCUCCUUCGACCACAACAACUCCUACCAGCAUGACUGCAGCUGCCUGUCUGACACUUUCUGUGACGGCUGUUCUCACACCCACGACAACGGGGUCAAACCAGUGCAUCACGACAUGCGGCAACACUCGGCAACUGACUUUAGUCACACCUUCUCAUGAUUACACCAGCGAUAAGGAUAGAGCACCCUCCCCAAAGCUACUGAAAAAUGCUUUGACUGCUGCUAAAAUCCGGGAAAGCAGAGAACCCGUCCACUGCCCCACCCCCGGAUGUGAUGGAAUGGGUCAUGUGUCAGGAAACUACGCCACGCACAGAAGCUUAUCGGGAUGUCCCCAUGCGGACCGGUGCAAUAUGCAAGCUCAGCAUCAAGAUCUUAAGUGUCCAACUCCAGGAUGUGACGGUUCUGGACAUAUCACAGGAAAUUAUUCAUCGCACAGAAGUCGAUCUGGAUGUCCACGUGCAAAUAAAACAAAGAAAUCUAUGCCUUCAGAAAAGAUGGAAAGUGAACCAUUACGCUGCCCAGUCCCUGGAUGCGAUGGUAGUGGACAUAUUACAAGAAAAUUUCAAUCUCAUCGAAGUGCUUCAGGAUGUCCUAUAGCUAAUAAAGGAAAAGUGAGAUAUGAAGUAAUGGCAUUUGAUGGCCGACCUAUAAAAAUUGAACCUAAUGCCUCUUCAUCAUCUAAUGAUGGUAGUCCUGUGAACAAUGGGAAUUAUGUUAGUUUUCCAACUGGAUCAAAAGCUGCUAAGAUUUUCCAACCUGUGAAAAGGCAAAGAUUAUCUACUGAGGAGCCAGAAAAAAAUGGAGAUGUAGAUAACGAUGAAGAGAUCCGUGGCUUGGAAGAAGAGAUCUUGGAGCUCCAAGAGUACAAUGCUAAAGUUGAAUCAGAAAUGAUAAAAUUGAGGACUGAUAUUUCUCAAAUGGAACAGUUAGUCCGCAUAACUGAAAGAGACAAUCAGUCUCUGAUGCAGAAGAAUCAUAAUUUAACUGAACAUUAUGAAACUGUGCGAAAUAAUUUCAUAUCUUUGAUGGAUCAUGUGAAGCUUCCGAAUUUUGAUGAAAGAAUUACUCGAGAAAACUUUGAUGCCUGUUUGAAACAAAUAGAAGCACUUUGUGAGGAAAGUUUCCAUGUAGAAAACAGAGCUGCUUUGACUGUUAUCAAACAAGCUUUACGAGAUUUCAACUUUCCUACAAAUGCUACAAAUGGUUGGCUGAGGUCUUGAAGAAAAGUUUCGAAGCAAAAGGAUUUUGUGAUAUAUUUAUUGAUUGCUACAAUUUAGCUUCCUUUGUGAUCCAUAAGUCAGCUCUACUCAUUUUAGUCAAAACCAGAUGUGAUGACCCUCUAGUGUACAAAAUGUGUUCUUUGUUUCAUUGAAAUGUAUACAAAAUCUUUGUGUUGUUUUUACUGAUGUACUAAGAGAAGUUGUUUCUUCUCAGUCAUAUGUUUAAUAGCAUUGUACUAAUUUGCUGAUAUAUUUGAUUGCACUCAUGAAGAGCAUUUUAAUUUAUUUUCUGUCCCAGUAAUUGUAAAUGUAAUAGUACCUGAUUAUUGUAAAAAAAAAAAAAAAAAAGGAUCUUAAUGUUGGGUAACAAAAAAAAAAGUUUCAGUGUAUAUACUUAUUCAUUUUUCAUUUGUUUUGAAUGUUUAAUUUUUAUGGAGAAGAAGAAUCAUUGAAUUAUUUUUCUGUAUAAUUGUACCAUAAAUUUUAAGUUAGCAUUUUAAAAUCUGCUUUAAUUAUUUAUCAAGAUUGGCAAAUAAUCUCAAAAAUACUUCAGUGCAAUUUUUAUCAAAGCAUCAGUAUAAAAAUCUCUCUCUUAAUGUUUCCAAAAUCAAAAAGCAUUCUAUAACUAUAUUUUGAUUAUUAUACUUAUCUGAUUCAGUACUGAAAAUUCUUAAUAUUUGCACAUGAAUUAUUUCUAUAAAUGCCAUUGUAAUGAAUGUAAUCCAUAAGCUUUAAAGAUCUUGUUUUAUUGAUCAUCCAUUUGAAAUACAAAAAUUAUAAAAAGUAAAAUUAUUAAAUUUUUCAAAAAAUUGUCACAUUUUGUGAUGUGAUGUUGUGAAUGUCACUAAUGAAUUGUGAUGUGAUAUUAUCACUAAUGAACUUAUCAUUAGUGGCAAUAUCACAUUUCUUAUUUUCAGAGAUGAGGGAAUACAUCUACUAAAUUGUUAAAGAAAUAUAUAAAUAUUUUUAAUAAUAUGCCUUCAUUUGGAAUUUCUUCCAAGAUCCAAUGAUAUGUCUUUAACAUAGAUUGUUUCAUGUUGAAUACAUACUAUCAAAAUUUAAUAGCAACUCAUUAUAUAUGGCCUCUUAAAAUUUCAAAUUACCUUUGUAAUAAUAAAGAAAAUUUCUAUUGUAUAUACAAAUAUUUUAAGUUUUAAUGCUUAUUUUCAAGCAUUCUGGUGAAAGAAAGUAUCUAUGUGAAAAAUUCUUAUUAUUGUCGUGAAUUAGUGAGAGUUCCAUUGGCAAUUUCUGUGAUCUUUAUUUGUUUUUGUUUUAUAUUCUAUAAUCAUAGGACAAACUUAUUUUGUUGUAUAAGAUAUUUUUUCAGUUUUAAAACUGAAUGCAAUUAAUGCAUUUUCAAUUUUUUUCAUUUAAAAAUAAUUUUAUAUAAUUAAUUUUAAUCAAAAAAAUUCAGAGCAAUUCAACUAACUUCAUAUUUACAUUUUGUAAUUUUUCAGUUUUACAAUGUACUAGUUAUUAAAUAAACUUUUUUUCUAAGUCAUAUUCUUAAAUAGAUUGAUUUUACAAUGGAGAAAAAAAUUAUAUUUUUGCUAAUUAUUAAUUUAAAACUAUUUUACAUAAUUGUAAUUGAAUGCUUGUAUGUUUAAACAAACAUUUUACACAGUGCAUCAUCUUGCUGCAUGAAUCAUUUAUGCAAAUUUUUCUUAUAAUUUUGCACAAUUCAUCAUUUGCUUCAUGAAUCAUUUAUUUAUCCUUUUUCUUGUAACUUUGUAAAAGCUUAUUGUGAAUGAAAACUAUGUUAUAUUUAGCCCUAAUCAUUGUACAAUAUUAUUAUUCCAUAUUUGUAAAUAAAUUGAUUUGAGUUUUAGCAGUCUUAGCAUAUAAAAAAUAUAAAUUUAUUUCUCAGGAAUCUGAAUUUUAUUUUCAAUUUGAGUUCAUUAGCAUUUGUUGCCAUAUCAGAAUGCUAACUAUAAAAUUGAUUUCUAAAUUUAAAAAAAAUUUGGUAUGUGGCAUUUACGAUGUUAAUUUGAAGAAUGAAUUUUUUCAUUUGAACAAAAAAUGAAUUUUUGUAUUUGGGGAUAACUUUCAUGUAUGCAAAUAUAAAUAAGAUGUUGCAAUAGCAACAAAAGAUAAAAUUUAUGUAUUUAUAUAAUAUUUAGUUAAGUAAUUACAUUAUUAUUAACUAAUUCAUUUAUUUUCAUCAGAAAAAGGUGAAAUCA